AUGGCGUCCGAAAAGAAAGACAUCGAUGCGAGCAAUGUUGGUUCGACUCGAUUGUCGGUGGGAGAGAGUGAUGGUGAAAAUGCGCCGAUUGCAGAUAUCUUUCAGAAUGCGAAAGCUGCUACGGACAAGGAGCGAAAAAUGACGCUGCUGCAAGGAAUAAGGCUCUAUCCGAAGGCACUAGCAUGGAGCAUUUUGAUCUCAACAUGCAUUGUUAUGGAAGGCUACGACAUCAGUCUGAUAAGCAACUUUUACGCUUUCAGGCAAUUCAACCAAAAGUUUGGAGUACGGCUAGAAGAUGGAACUUAUCAAGUUCCAGCGCCUUGGCAAGCUGGUCUCAGCAAUGGUGCAGCUGUAGGUGAGAUAUUCGGCUUAUUCCUGAAUGGAUGGGUCUCGGAACGCUUUGGUUAUCGGUGGACAAUCCUGGGAUCUCUGGCCUGGUUGGCUGCCUUUAUAUCCCUCUUCUUUACCGCUCAGAACGUACAAACUCUUCUUGCGGGCGAAAUCCUCUGUGGCAUUCCAUGGGGUGUAUUCCAGACCCUUACCAUCACCUAUGCCUCCGAGGUGUGCCCCGUGGCACUACGUGGUUACCUGACAACCUAUGUUAACCUCUGCUGGGGACUUGGGCAGCUCAUAGGCAUAGGAGUAAUCCGGUCAAUGUUGGAUCGAGAAGAUGAAUGGUCCUUCAGAAUACCCUAUGCACUACAGUGGAUGUGGCCAUUACCACUCGCAAUUGCAAUUUACAUGGCCCCAGAAUCACCAUGGUGGCUAGUCAGGAAGGGUCGCAUUGCAGAUGCAAAACGCUCGCUUCUCCGGCUGACUAGUCGGAGUGACGAGAGUGAUUUCAAUGCCGAUGAGACCAUUGCGAUGAUGCUUCAUACAACAGCUUUAGAGGCUAAAAUUACACGUGGAGCCACCUACUGGGACUGUUUUAAGGGAACAGACCUUCGUCGAACGGAAAUCGUAUGCAUGGUCUGGGCUAUGCAGAACCUUAGCGGCAACUCCUUUUCGAAUUAUUCGACCUACUUCCUGGAACAGGCGGGAUUGUCCUCAUCCCAUGCCUACUCGUUUGCUAUGGGGCAGUAUGCUAUUAAUAUGGUUGGAGUCUUUGGUGCUUGGGGCCUAAUGUCCUUCGGGAUUGGCCGGAGGACCCUCUACCUUGCUGGUCUAUGUGGCCUUUGCGCCAUGUUGAUGGUUAUGGGAUUCCUCGGUCUGGUGCCACAGUCACACAGGGACGCGGGAUCCCUUGCUACUGGAAGUAUGAUGAUCGUUUGGGCUUUGUUCUAUCAGCUUUCUGUUGGCACGGUUACCUAUUCGAUUGUCUCCGAACUUUCAACACGGAGACUCCAGAUCAAGACCAUUGUGCUAGGUCGAAACUUAUACAACAUCGUUGCAAUUAUAUGCAAUGUUUUGACCCCUUUUAUGCUCAAUCCUAGUGCAUGGAAUUGGGGUAACUAUGCCGGUUUCUUCUGGGGAGGCAUCUGCUUCUGCUGCAUCGUCUACAGUUACUUCCGCCUCCCGGAACCCCAAGGAAGGUCCUUUGCCGAGCUCGACGUCCUAUUUGAGCGUGGGAUUAGUGCACGGAAGUUUGCUUCUACCGAGGUCGAUGUGUUCAGCGAAGAGGUGGCAACCAAUGUGAUUGACACAUAUAAAGAGAAAGACUCUGGGAACGUUGAGCCCUAG